AUGGAGCUGCGUGGCAAGUGGGGAAGGAGGGGAUGGGGAGUGAGAGACGUCCCCCGCCCCACCUCGAGGAAGGCGUCUCCCUCCCCCCUCUCCCCCCCCCUCUCCCCCCCCUCUCCCUCCCCCCUCUCCCCCCUCUCUUUCUCCCCCCUUCCCCCCCCUCUCCCUCCCCCCCUCUUCCCCCCCUCUCCCUCCCCCCUCUUCCCCCCCUCUUCCCCCCCUCUCCCUCCCCCCUCUCCACCCCCCCCUCCCCCUCCUCUCCCCCCCACCUCUCCCCCCACUAUCCCCACCCUCUCCCGGCCGUCUCCCCGUCCUCUCCCCCACCUCUUCCCCUCCCUACCGCCCCACCUCUCCCCUUUCCCCCUCUCAUUGUACCUCAAAGAACGCGCCAGCGAUCUCCACCAGCUGGAUCUGCGUGACGUCACAUUAGCGCGGGCGGCAGGCAUGCAGAAAAUGGCGUGCGGCAGGGGGGCGAGGGAAGGGGGGGGAACGGCGAAAACAGGACAGCAGGCAGGUGGGCGAAGCGUGCGAACGGCUGACAUUGACGGACAAUGA